AUGGAGUCCACCGUCUGGCGUUGCAAAAGCAUGCUGGAAGCAGCAGAGAGCACAUCAGAGCAGCUCAAAGCGGCCUUGCAGGAUCUCCGAGCGUUGGGGGAGCUCUCGACCCAAGUGUUGGCAGAGACGAAGAUCGGGCUGGCAGUGAACCGCCUCAGUAAGGAGGCUGGCGACGAAGUUCGCGACAUGGCCAAGUGCCUUGUACAAGACUGGAAGCAAUUGCAUCGCAAGAGGAAAGGCACUGAAGUAUCCGAGAGCCCCAAGAAAGCUGCACGGCCGGAAGCUGUGGCGACUCCAAAGAAGGCGCCUCAGGCUGCUGCGCGAGUGAAGGUGUUGGAGAAGCUUCAAGACGCUUUGAAGGAGGCCGCGCUUCGCUUUGGAAGGGCUGCGGUCGAUGGUUUGGCGGAGCAAGUGGAAGAGGAGCUACAUCGGAAGUUCGCACUCGAGCAGUCGGAGAAAUUGUACUUGAAUCAAUCUCGCACCAUCCUUUUUAAUCUCAAAGAUGCCAAGAACCAGACCUUCGCCUCCAAGCUUCUGGAAGGAGAAUUAUCCCCAUCUGAGCUGCCCAACAUGAGCAGUGAAGAGAUGGCCAGCGACCAGACAAGCCAACGUCGAGCUGAGCAGCGGCUGCAAGCGUUGCACAGCUCCGCUGUCAAGGAAGAGAGCGGGCAGAUCACCGAUGCCUACACCUGUGAGCAGUGCAAAGGCAAAACAUGCAGCUUUAUUGUGGUCACUCCCACUGCCUGCGUCAAUGGCGAGCACAGCUGGACUUCCGUGACCUGUCUCUCCUGUGGUCAUCGAUGGAAGGCGUGA